GCCCCAGCCGUAUUUGCUGGGCAGGACUGUGCAGCCAGGACGUGCUCCUGGGGCGCCUGGGCCAACCUUCCCUUCUUGGGCCCUCUGGAGAGAAGGACCCACCAGCGUACGGAUUAGAACCCACAGGGGGAGAGGAAAGAUCCAACGAAGGGGUGAAAGAGGGUAGAUGUGACUCCCAGUUACCCCCUGGGCCCGCACGCCUCCUAAUCCACACAAUGGGACAGUGAAGGCAGAGCGGAUGAUGGGUGACUACGGACUCUCUGACCAGCCCCAGCCCAUGGACUUUCUCAACAUCUAUUUGGGAGACAACCUGCAGCCCCACCCAGGAGCGUGCCUGAGGGAAACCUGCGGAGGUCAGGAACGCCCUGAGCCCCUCCAACAAGAUGCUCCUCCCCAGGGCUCAGGGGCGGAGCUCACACACCUGGGGAGCUGCUCUUCCCCGGGGGAGCACAGGCAGAGUGCAUCACCGCCAGGGGCAUCUGGGGACAGCCGUCCUCUGGGGAGCCCGCGGCAGAGCCAGAGCACGUCCACGCAGGUGGUGUUCUGGGCGGGCAUCCUGCAGGCCCAGAUGUGCGUCCUGGACCUGGAGGAGGAGCUGGAGAAGACGGAGGGGCUCAGGGCUGAGCUGAGAUGCUGCAUCCCCACGCCCCCAGCAAACCUCCCCGGGGACGUGGGCCUGUGCCCCAGCCCACCUGAGGAGGAGGACUCAGGGGAAGACAGCAGCGGGCCUGAGCAGGGGCACCAGACUUGGCCAAGAGGGGGAACCCCAGGCUCUUCUCCAGAGUGGGGUGCUGAAGAGGAGAGUAUGUUCUUCAACAACCCCCUCUUCCUGGAGAGCCCUUGCUCGGAGACCAGUGCUUCCGGAGAGCGCUUUUCCUGGGGGUUCUCGGACUCCCACGCAGAUGUGAGGGCUGGACUUGAGUGCCCACAGACCCAGGAGCCCCCACUCCCGGGAGGUGCGGUGCCAUGGGAGCCGCCGGGAAGUGAGCUGGAUUUGGAGGACGGCACUGCCAGUGGACACAGCACCCCUCCGUUCCCUGUGCCUGUUUACAAACUGCACUCCUCCUGCUGGGCCUCAGAGGCCACUGCUGAGGGGACUCCAGCAGCCCCUCCUGGUCAGUGGGAGAGCGAGACUUCUCUGGGAGACAGGCUUGGCCCUGCCCCAUCUGCGACACCCUGUGUGGACAAAGCGCUAACCUGGGAAACAGAAUGUGCUGGAUCUUACCUCGGCCCUGCCACAUAUCCUGUGCAACCUUGGGCCCCGCCCAGCCCUGAGGGCCUGCAGACCACAGGGGGUCCAUCCUGGCCCCAGGGGCCUCUUAUUUCCCAGGACAGAGGCUCCUCCUCAGGUGAGAGGGAAGCUGGGCACCCCCAGGAAUCUGCUCCCUGCACCUUGGCCCCCAGCCCCUGGGAGAGCCCAGCUUCUUCACCGCACCCUAGCAGCCCCGAGUCUGAGAGCAGAGGCCCCGGUCCCAGGCCCAGCCCUGCGUCAUCCCAGGAGGGCAGCCCGCAGCUCCAGCGCCACAGCUCGGGCACUUCUCCCAAGUGGACACCAGAUGCUUCGUGCUCUUCACUCUUGGAGGAAGAUGGGGCAGAGCCAAGUUCCGUGGAGAAAGAGGAGGUGCUGGAAGCUCCAAGCCCAGGGCAGGGAGUGAAGAGUGAAGGCACAGUCGGGCCCGCGGAGGCUGGGGGCGCCGAGCCCGACGUUCACCUGACUCCCCCAGAAGGGCCCCUCCAUUCAAGGCCCCGGAGCUUCAGCUGUGACCCUGAGGUCAGGGCACCCCCUGCCGAGACUGACCUGCAAGGACACUUGGACCAGAGGCCCUGCAUGUCCAUCUCCAGUGAGAGUCUGAGGACACCGCUGGACUCUUCCAGGCGUCCUGAGCGCCUCAUGCCCCAAGCACGGUCCCCAGAGGAAGGCCAGAGGUCACCAGCUGGAGACAGGCUGGCUAAUGGUGUCAGGAGUGACAAGGUAGCCUGGAACUUGGCCUCACGCCUCUAUCACCUGGAUGGCUUCCGGAAGUCUGAAGUGGCUGCCUACCUGCAGAAGAACAACGACUUUAGCAGGGCUGUGGCUGAGGAAUACUUGUCCUUCUUCCAGUUCGGAGGCCAGAGCCUGGACCGAGCCCUCCGGGGCUUUCUGCAGGCCCUGGUGGUCAGUGGGGAGACACAGGAACGGGAGCGAAUCCUCUACCAGUUUUCUAGGCGCUUCUACUACUGCAAUCCUGGGGUCUUCCCCUCGGCAGAUUCCGUACACACCUUGACAUGUGCAAUCAUGCUCCUUAACACAGACCUGCACGGACAGAACAUUGGGAAGAGCAUGAGCUGCCAGGAAUUCAUAGCCAACCUGAACGGCCUGCAGGAUGGCGGGAACUUCCCCAAGGAGCUGCUGAAGGCUCUCUACUGGUCUAUCCGCAGCGAGAAGCUCGAGUGGGCCGUGGAUGAAGAAGACGCAGCCAGACCAGAGAAGGCCCGGCCAUCCCCACCAGCUGGCAAGAUGAGCAGCCCCUUCCUCCAGCUGGCCCAGGACACCACAGUGCCCACCUACAAGCAGGGCAUCCUGGCUCGGAAGAUGCAUCAUGAUGCAGAUGGCAAGAAGACGCCGUGGGGCAAGCGAGGAUGGAAGAUGUUCCACACCUUACUGCGGGGCAUGGUUCUCUACUUCCUGAAGGGAGAGGACCACUGCCCUGAGGGUGAAAGCUUGGUGGGGCAGAUGGUGGACGAGCCCGUGGGGGUGCACCACUCGCUGGCCACCCCGGCCACCCAUUACACCAAGAAGCCCCACGUCUUCCAGCUGCGGACGGCCGACUGGCGCCUCUACCUCUUCCAAGCUCCCACUGCCAAGGAAAUGAGUUCCUGGAUCGCGCGCAUCAACCUGGCGGCCGCCACGCACUCGGCGCCGCCCUUCCCCGCCGCCGUGGGCUCCCAGCGCAGAUUCGUGCGGCCCAUCCUGCCCGUGGGCCCGGCCCGGAGCUCCCUGGAGGAGCAGCAUCGAUCCCACGAGAACUGCCUGGACGCUGCCUCAGACGACCUGCUGGAUCUGCAGAGGAACUUACCGGAGAGGCGGGGCCGCAGCCGCGAGCUGGAGGACUACCGCUUGCGGAAGGAGUACCUGGAGUACGAGAAAUCCCGCUACGAGACCUACGUGCAGCUGCUGGUGGCCCGCCUGCGCUGCCCCUCCAACAACCUGGACCUGUGGGAGGAGCAGCUGGGGAGGGAAGCUGGAGGCAUGCGGGAGCCCAAGCUCAGCCUGAAGAAAUCCCACUCGAGCCCGUCCCUGCACCAGGAUGAGGCCCCCACCACCGCCAAGGUGAAGCGGAACAUCUCAGAGCGCAGAACCUACCGGAAGAUCAUCCCCAAGCGGAACCGCAAUCAGCUGUGAAGCCGGCGCCCGUCACAGCCACUGGCUUCUGCUCUGGCGUAGACUUGAGAUGAACCUCUGUGUGUUGGGGGGAGGACUUAUGUCACUGGGUCCAUGACCAGGGAUGAGCCAUCUCCCUUCCCUGCUGAAGAACAGCCCUUAUUUCCCUGUGGUCCUCUGUGGUCCUCAUAUCCACCCCCAAGGGAAGUGGGAGGUCAAGGACUUGGCUCUACUCCCAGAGUUUGUCCCAUGUCACCCUCCAUUGCCCACCCAGAAUCUGGAGUGGCCUCAUUUCCUGGGCCUGGUGGUGCUUGGCACUUGUUUGAGAUUAGAGCUCAUGUGCUGUGGAUCUGGCUUCUGGGAGAGAGCGUGGGGCCGCAGGGGCAUCUGGGCGGCCCAGCCAGGGGAGCCACAGCCCUGAGGAUGGUCUCGCUCUGGGAAAUAGGUGACCGGCUGGGGGAGGCCCCAGGAGAGCGGGUCAGGGACUCCUGGGAGAUCCCAAGCAACCUCCUGUCACCUAGGGAGUAGGGUUGCGGAGGCCCUGCCCACUGAGGGACAGCUUCUGGGCAGGGACCUCUGCAGGCUUUGAGGGCACCGUGAGGCUGUGGGGCCCCGUUCCUUUGUCUCCUGGCUCGUUUCCCCCUAUAAUCACCUAUGCGCAGGGGGCAGAUGAGAGCCUCACACACCCAACUGCUGAUCAGUAGAGCAGAGCCGAGGACGUGAGCAAGAGCUGGGAGGGGUGGGGGCCACAGAGCUCUGUGGAGAACCCUGGAGCCCUGGGAACAAGGAGCCUUUGUGUCCCCAGAGCAGGGAAGGAGGUUCUCCAGGUUCCAACCGCUGGAGAGUGGGGAGAGGUAAAAGAAGGUGACAGUUCCCCCUUUGCAGUCUGUGGGCAGGAGCCACAGAUGCAGAGAGUUGUGAGGGGUGGGAUGGGGACUGCAGACUAGGGGAGGCCUAGGGCAGGCUGGCGAGACCCUUCAUGUGCCCCUUCCUACCCACCUCUGAAAGCUUUCUUCCUGAGGGGUGCCAGGUCCCCUUGUCCACCCAGGGCCAGCACACAGGGGCUCUGCUGCUCUCCCCUGGGAAACCCCCUUGCCCUGCCCUCUGGCUGCCUCCCAGCUGAGCCUGCGCACUGGGGGAGGUUCCGGAGACUCAGGGAUGCGGGGCUCUGCCUGUGGGGAGGAGGCUGGGCUGGAGGAGCAGCCACCAUUGUCUCUGUUCAGCCAAGUGUGCCAGUAGGCAGUGCGCCAAGAGGGGCCUCUGCCGCCGCCCGCUGCCACUGCCUGUCGCUGACGCACUGCCUCUCCGGCCUUCCUGCUGGGCCACCCUCCUCCCUCCCCAUGCUGUGAUCAGCCUGGGCCUGCAACUCCACGGAGUGGGGCUGGCCCGUGGGGGUCUCUGGCUGUGGGGAUAAAUACAAGCCAACAAAGAAGGAGGUGUGCGUGAGUGUGAGAAGGGAGGGUCAGCGUGGAGGCUGCAUGCCCUUCGCCACGCGUGCAUCUGCGCGUCCGUGCUUGUGUGUAGACCGUGUCUGUGUGUUCACAUGUACACAGGAGUUGCACAGUUACAGGCCGCCAGAGCUGGAGGGGACCUCAGAAUCAUGUAUUCAUCCACUCAUUCAUUCAUUUCACAAAUAAUACUGAACAAUUUUUAUGGGCCAGCACUAGGGGACUCACAAAUGAGUUAAACAUGUCCCCGACAGUCCUGCCCACUGUUCCCAGCUGUCAGUAUGGAGACACGUUUCAUAUGGCUGGGGAAGCAUGCUGAAAGACACGUUCCCGCCCCAUGCCUGGGAAUCGGAUUCAGGAGGCCUGAGUCCAGGAUGGAUAUAUGUGCUUCAUGCUCCUUGGGCAAUGUUGACGCGUCGUAGCAGUUCACAGCCACGGUCAGGUCCGGCUGUCUUGUUUUAUCGAGGUGGAGUCCUAGCAUCCAGUGGACACAGAUUGGCCCAGGAUCUAUGCUUAUAAGCGAAAUGACCUUGAGUGGGUUAUUUGAUUUCACUGGACAUGUGUCCUUAUUUCUAAAACCAGAAUAAAAGGUGGCAGUUCGUCUGCA